AUGGUUUCCUCCUUUUGCUGGGGCUGCCUGACGCGGCUUCGUCCGACACCUCGAGCCGUUUUACCUCCGACGGUAGCAGCACCAAGAGCAGCAGCAUUCCACACAUCGACGGUGCGUUAUGCAUUGCCAACAAAGAAGAAAAACAGCUUGGAUGGCCCUCCCAAGUAUCGUCAGGCCAAAUCCGCCAGAAUGAAGAAGAAGAAGCCGGUUGAAAGGGCGCGUCCACCUCCUGUCGGAGAGCGGAAAGCGCUGCGGAAACGUAUCGUUCUCAGCAAUCCCAACGCCCUUGAAGUCGAGGGUAUGCAGGACUUCACAUCAGAGACUAUGGUCGAUGCGCGCCUCCGGGGAUCUAUUCUCGGCCUUCCUGUACCGAUGCUCACUCAGCUGAGGGCGGUUGAGGCUUUCAAGCCUAAACAGGGCUGGUCGAUAUUCCGCCGGCCUGGCACAGUGGUGAGACGGGAGACACUGGAAUUGGGCAGACUGAUUGACUCUAUCUCUAAUGAGGGUCAAGACAAGGGAAGGUCUGUCAAGAAGAUCGUCACUGGUGUCAGAGGGUCAGGAAAAACUGUUCACUUGCUGCAAGCUAUGGCCAUGGCUUUCACCAAGCAGUGGGUUGUGUUUACUGUUCCAGAGCCCCAGGAUCUAGUGAUUGCGCAUACUGGUUACGCUCCUCUCUCUGAUGAAACCCCAAACCUGUAUGUUCAGAAUGAGGCGACUGCUACAUUGUUGUCUCGCACAGUGGUCGCCAAUGAGCAGGUUUUGAAGACCCUACACGUCUCCCGGGAGCAUGCUGCCCUCAAGUCUUCCGUUAAAGCUGGAAUGACUCUAGAGGAGCUUGCCAAACUUGGAAUCCAGGACCCCGCCAUUGCCUGGACCGUCUUCCAAGCAUUGUGGGCUGAGCUUACUGCAACCUCCGCUGCUUCUGGAUUUGACAAGAACUUCAAGCCUCGGCCGCCUAUGCUUGUAACUGUUGACGGCCUCGCCCAUUGGAUGAAGAACAGCGAAUACCGCUCUGUCGAAUUUGAACCCAUCCAUGCUCACGACCUUGUGUUCGUGCGGCACUUCCUCGGGCUAUUGAAGCCUGGUACCGGAAAGCCUGCCCUUCCAAAUGGUGGUCUCUUGCUCUACUCCACUUCCGCUUCCAAUAACCCAACGAUCUACAGUUUCGAGGUUGCACUCAAGCAAAUCGCUGCUCGCCAGGCUGGCCUGAAUGCUUCGGCACCUGAAUUUCCUCAAGCAGAUCCAUACAGCGGAGCUGACAAGCGUGUUAUUGAUGCCUUUGACUCUUCGAAGCCAACUGUCGCCAAAGAAGGCAUGCUAGAGCUCCAGACACUUGGUGGCCUCACCCGGGACGAAGCUCGGGGCUUCAUGGAAUACUUUGCUCGCAGUGGCCUUCUGCGGGAGAAGAUCAACGACGAAUGGGUUGGUGAGAAGUGGAGCUUGGCCGGUGGUGGUGUGAUUGGUGAAUUAGAGAAGUUGGGAAGACGACUGAGAGUGACCGAUUAG